AUGGGAGCCGGCUGUUCGACCUCUACGUACGACGACGCGGCGGCACCGACGGCCGCGGCGGCUGGAAAUGAAGGGGCCAAGCAGCAGGCGAACAUCUCGUCCAAGUCGAAAGCAGCUGCUUCCCGCCGUCGGCGACUUUCCGUGACGACGACGGACGCGAAAAACCCGAACGCGGUCAACGCACCAGUUCCGGACAAGUCGCAAAGCAACGCCGCUGGGCUGGCCGAUAAGCUCGCCGCCCGCGCAGCCGAGAAUGCCAAAACUGACCCGAACAAGGCGACGGGCAAGGGCACCCGGGCCCGCCGCAUGAGCCUGAUUGGCGCUGGCAAGGCCGGCGCCGCGCCCAACAUCACGCCGACAGCCGCGAACGGCGCGCCGCCCCCGAUCGUGGGCGUGCCCCCGGCCGCGGGCGGCUCGACGGGCGCGCUGGUGCGGUGCCGCGGCGCGUGCGUGUCCCGCACGGGGCAGGAGGGCGACCUGAAGAAGGUCAACCAGGACUGCUACUUUGCGUUCGACAAGUUCCUGGAGGACUACCAGUCGGUGUUCGGCGCGUUCGACGGGCACGGGCCGUGCGGGCACCUCGUGAGCGGGUUCGUGAAGCAGCAGAUGCCCGCGCGGUUCGCGACCAACUUCCCCGACAUGGAGCAGAAGCCCGAGGGCGGGGGCGAGGGCGGGGGCGAGGGCGGGGGCGCGCCGCCGGAGGUGACGGUCGAGCAGCUCCAGGAGUGGCUCGUCGACGCGUUCCUCGACUCGGACCGCGCGCUCAACUCGAGCGCCGUGGACUGCGAGUUCUCCGGCACCACGGCCGUGGUCUUCCUCGUGCGCCAGGACGUGGCCAUCACCGCGUGGGUCGGCGACUCCCGCGCCGUGCUCGCCACCAAGAUGCCCGACGGGUCCCACAAGGCCACGCAGCUCACGACGGACCACAAGCCCAGCGACGAGAAGGAGCGGGCGCGGAUCGAGAGCUGCGGCGGGCGCGUGGAGCAGCUGCUGGACGAGACGGGGGAGCGCGUGGGCCCCGAGCGCGUGUGGAUGCCGUACGCGUGGAUCCCCGGCCUGGCGAUGUCGCGCGCGCUCGGGGACUCGCUGGCGCACCAGGUGGGCGUGGUGUCGACGCCGGACCUGGACGUGCGGCGGCUGGGCCCGGACGACGACUUCGUGGUGCUGGCCAGCGACGGCGUGUGGGAGUUCAUCGAGGCGCAGGAGGUCGUGGACAUCGUGUCGGCGAUCCCGGACUCGCAGGAGGCGUGCAUGAAGCUCGUCGAGGAGAGCGCGCGCCGCUGGGAGGAGGAGGAGGAGGGCGUGGUGGACGACAUCACCGCCGUGAUUGUCAAGCUCGAGCACGUGGUGGUCAACGGCGAGGCGGGCGUCGCGGGGCAGGUCGUCGCGUCGGCCUCCACGGGCGACGCCCAGGACAGCGCGGACGCGCAGCAGACGGAGCACGCGGACGCCGAGAUGGAGGACACGCAGGCGGACGGCGCAGAAGCCGCCACCAUGGAGUCCUGA